UUUCAGUUGGAACAAAUUGAACAAGGUGAAGUGAUGUACGUCGUUCGCAGUAGUGUUGAUAUAAAAUAUAUUACGUAUUACAUUUAGUGCGGCGAUCGUUGAGUCUCGAUGUGCCUCGUCGAUAUUUUAAUCUGGAAAACGUAAUUCGUGUUAUAAAUUGUUUGCAUCAUAAGUUUACAGAGUUUGUUGUGCGAAUUGACUCAGUGAAUUGUGACGUGAAAUAGUACUUGAGAGAAUUUGGUGCGCGCCUUGUGUCUGGGGGGUAUUUCGUCCCGUUUUAUUUUCAGACAGUUUUAUCGCGGCCGUUUAGAGAUCGCGAAGGUGCAUGCUACCCUAGAUCCACCAGCGUAUCUCUUAGCAGAGGAUGUUGGAUCGCGACACGGCGAUACAUCUCGUCGCCGGAGGAGUGGCUGGUACAGCAGGAGCAAUAGUAACGUGUCCCCUCGAAGUAGUGAAGACUCGGUUGCAAUCAUCGUCUUCCGGUUUUUAUCCGCCGCCGCCGAUACACAAGGAAUUCACAUCUGGUCAUCCCACUUGCAAGGAUUCUCCGACGCCCGAACAACGCAGGAGAUUAUGCACCGGAUACCCCAGAUAUUCCAGUCACUUCGUGGCUCUCUCACAUUUCGGCGUCUCGACUUCUCCUCCGCACUCUUCCCGGCACACGCCGGGCAUCUAUCAAUGCUUACGAUAUAUUAUCAAACAUGAGGGAGCACGAGGAUUGUUCAAAGGGCUUGGCCCAAAUAUUGUUGGUGUGGCGCCUUCCAGAGCGAUUUAUUUCUGCGCGUACUCCAAGAGCAAAGUUGCAUUUAACGCAAUUCUACCACCUGAUACUCCGAUCGUGCAUGUUUUCUCUGCAACUUGCGCUGGUUUUACCGCGUGUACACUGACUAAUCCAAUUUGGUUCGUGAAAACAAGACUACAGUUGGAUCACCGAUCGCAAAAAGUCACAGCAAUAGAAUGCAUGCGAAGGAUAUAUCGGAAAUCGGGUAUUCUAGGAUUCUACAAAGGUAUUGUGGCGUCUUAUAUAGGCAUAAGUGAGACUGUGAUACACUUUGUGAUAUAUGAAGCGGUGAAGGCAUGGCUGGCUACACACAGAUCGCGAGCUUCGAGAACGGAUGACAGUAAAACAUUCCGUGACUUUGUUGAGUUCAUGGCAGCAGGCUCGUUUUCAAAAACGAUAGCAUCUACUAUUGCUUAUCCUCACGAAGUCGCGAGAACUCGGUUGAGGGAAGAAGGCACUAAAUACCGCUCGUUUUGGCAAACUUUAAAUACUGUGUGCAUGGAAGAAGGCGUAAAAGGUCUUUAUCGCGGUCUUGGUACUCAGCUGAUCCGGCAAAUUCCGAAUACCGCUAUCAUAAUGGCAACGUACGAGGCAGUGGUGUAUGUACUAACUCGACACUUCCGACCAGUUACAGUGACAUCUACCGCCGACGCGACAUCCGAAUUCUAUAACGAGACUAAGGCAAAGAGAGAAUUAGCCUAGGACUUGCUUACGGCCCCAGAGUAAAGGGCCAAUCUGUCAUCUGUUUCCCUUUCAGUAAGCAAAUACUGCGCGUACUCAGGGUACUUAACCUAAGAGAUCUAAUGCGCGUCUAGGUACAUCAAGAGCAGUUCGACGUUGGAAACAUAUUCGAUGUGUCCUUAUUAUUGCUCCAGAUGUAGCCAGAAGGUACCACAGCAUUGUUCGCAUUAUGCUCUAAACAUGUAGCAAAAAGUAGCCUUCCUCCUUUCAGGUAGCAUGUACAUACCCGGACACACGGACCGACGCAGGGAGAGAGAGAAAAGAGAAAGGGGAGGAGGGAGGGAGAGUAGGAGGGUAGGAGGGGGAGAGAAAGAGAGAGAG